AUGUUCUUCCACAUAGUUCUGGAGCGAAACAUGCAAUUACACCCACGCUUCUUUGGUCGAAACCUCCGUGAAAAUCUCGUCUCUAAGCUCAUGAAAGAUGUCGAAGGCACUUGCAGUGGUCGACAUGGGUUUGUAGUGGCGAUAACAGGAAUAGAGAGUGUAGGGAAAGGGUUGAUCCGAGACGGGACUGCGUUCGUCACUUUCCCUGUUAAAUAUCAGUGUGUUGUUUUCAGACCUUUCAAGGGAGAGAUUUUGGAAGCUGUUGUUACUUUGGUCAAUAAGAUGGGUUUCUUCGCUGAAGCUGGACCUGUUCAGAUCUUUGUUUCCAAGCAUUUGAUUCCAGAUGAUAUGGAGUUUCAGGCUGGAGACAUGCCUAAUUACACGACAUCAGAUGGAUCAGUUAAGAUCCAGAAAGAAUGUGAAGUGAGACUAAAGAUUAUUGGAACUAGAGUCGAUGCCACUGAAAUCUUUUGUGUUGGUACCAUCAAAGACGAUUUUUUGGGAGUCAUCAACGACCCUGCAGCCGCUGCAUAA